CAUGAAGUAUUUAUGGCAGUGCUAGGUCAAGCGUUCGCAACAUGAGCCUACCCUUAAGAAUGCGAUACUUGCAAGAGUUCAGAUUGUUUUUAAUCCCUGGCUUAUUCCUUACUUGGCUAGCUUAAACGUUUUACAGUCUAUCAUAAGCUUUAGACGCAAAUUGUGUGUGUUUAAAAAACCUACAGCUCCAGCAUAGCAACGCGAACGCUGGUUGGCAUAACGCUGAGCAUGUGAGCACUCUUGCUGACCAGGUUAACACGUAAAGUGGCCGCAGCUUUUGGCUGCGGCCAGGGCAGUGCGCCGAGCUGCAGUGGCUUCUGCUUACGGCGCUGCAAGCGGCGCUCAGUGAACCAGAAUUUGGAGGCUUGCCUGACACGACGAACAGCUUCUGCCAGGACUGGUUGCACCUGAAACAUGGUGGUAUCAAGGGGCCAGCUUGCCACCACCAGCAGCCGCAUCUCCAAAAGCGCUUUAAUAGCGACCGACGACCCCAUCGGCGGCAUCAUUCCUCGAUGCUGUUGCGGCACCUGCUGCUGUCUGUGGUCUUCGUCCUUCUCCUCGGGCUACUACCAGGCUUCCAUGCCCAACGGGCUAACUGUACGGCAGGGGAACUGGUGCAGUAUGCAACAUCAGCAGCGUCCAGCCCAGCACCGAAGAACCUUACGGCAGCGAACUACUCAUCCCUCGUCGGGGCUCCAGACUUCAAAGGCUUGCAGUGCCUUUCAGGGCCCCCAAGUUCAGCCGCAGACCAGCGUGUCGUUUGGAGCCUGGCGAGCGGCGACCCCUCCACGCGCAACGCGGAUGCCACUGUUCGCUUCACCUUUACCUCAGCGGUGUACGUCACGCAGGUGGGCGUCAUGGUGGUCAGCAGCGCCUCUGAGGUGGUCACGGACAACGUGUACCUGGGGACGGGGGAGCUGCAGAGCGGCGGAACAAAGGUUGGCUGCUCCCCGGACCCCGUCUCCAGCUGUCUAGGAACAACCACAGCCGAGCAGCCGCACUGGUUCACGUGCAAUAUAACCAACAGCAACAGCAUAGGCCCGGCGACGGCGGUCCGCUUCAAGAUUUCUGGCAGUACUGUUAUCGACGCGGUCCGCUUGGUAGGGUUUGCGGCAUACUCAACCGACCCUCCUACGCCCCAGCUUCCCCCAUCGCCGCCAUCCCCAAAUCCACCAUAUCCCGUCGCGCGAUUCCCGCCUCCGCUGCCUAGUUCCCCGCCACCUCCGUCGCCCCUCCCCAGCCCGCCGUCGCCUAGGCCGCCGUCGCCCCUUUCAAGCCCGCCCUCGCCCCUUCCGAGCCCGCCCUCUCCGUCUCCUCCGUCGCCCCUUCCAAGUCCGCCGUCGCCCUCUCCUCCGUCCCCCCUUCCCAGCCCACCCUCACUACCGCCUCCCUCGCCCCUUCCAAGCCCACCCUCGCUACCGCCUCCGUCGCCCCUUCCAAUUCCGCCGUCGCCCUCUCCUCCGUCCCCCCUUCCCAGCCCACCCUCACUACCGCCUCCCUCGCCCCUUCCCAGCCCACCCUCACUACCGCCUCCCUCGCCCCUUCCAAGCCCACCCUCACUACCGCCUCCCUCGCCCAUUCCAAGCCCGCCCUCGCUACCGCCUCCCUCGCCCAUUCCAAGCCCGCCCUCGCUACCGCCUCCCUCGCCCCUUCCAAGCCCGCCCUCGCUACCGCCUCCCUCGCCCCUUCCGAGCCCGCCCUCGAUACCGCCUCCCUCGCCCCUUCCAAGCCCGCCCUCGCUACCGCCUCCCUCGCCCCUUCCGAGCCCGCCCUCGAUACCGCCUCCCUCGCCCAUUCCGAGCCCGCCCUCCCCGUCUCCUCCGUCGCCCCUUCCAAGCCCACCCUCGCUACCGCCUCCCUCGCCCCUUCCGAGCCCGCCCUCCCCGUCUCCUCCGUCGCCCCUUCCAAGCCCACCCUCGCUACCACCUCCCUUGCCUCUUCCAAGCCCGCCCUCGCUACCGCCUCCCUCGCCCCUUCCAAGCCCGCCCUUGCUACCGCCUCCCUCGCCCCUUCCAAGCCCACCCUCGCUACCGCCUCCCUCGCCCCUUCCGAGCCCGCCCUCUCCGCCGCCUCCGUCGCCCCUUCCAAGCCCACCCUCGCUACCGCCUCCGUCGCCCCUUCCAAGACCGCCGUCGCUACCGCCUCCCUCGCCCCUUCCAAGCCCACCCUCCCCGUCUCCUUCGUCGCCCCUUCCAAGCCCGCCCUCGCUACCGCCUCCCUCGCCCCUUCCAAGCCCACCCUCGCUACCACCUCCGUCGCCCCUUCCAAACCUGCCGUCGUUGCCGCCUCCCUCGCCAUUUUCAAGCCCGCCCUCUCCGUCUCCUCCGUCACCCCUUCCUAGUCCGCCGUCGCCCCUUCCAAACCCACCCUCCCUACCGCCUACGUCGCCCCUUCCAAGCCCACCCUCCCCGUCCCCUCCGUCGCCCCUCCCAAGCCCACCCUCGCUACCACCUCCGUCGCCCCUUCCAAACCCGCCCUCGCUACCGCCUCUCUCACCCCUUCCGAGCCCGCCCUUUCCGUCUCCUCCGUCGCCCCUUCCUGGUCCGCCGUCGCCCCCUCCAAGCCCGCCGUCGCCCCUUCCAAACCCACCCUCCCUACCGCCUACGUCGCCCCUUCCAAGCCCACCCUCCCCGUCCCCUCCGUCGCCCCUCCCAAGCCCACCCUCGCUACCACCUCCGUCGCCCCUUCCAAACCCGCCCUCGCUACCGCCUCUCUCACCCCUUCCGAGCCCGCCCUUUCCGUCUCCUCCGUCGCCCCUUCCUGGUCCGCCGUCGCCCCCUCCAAGCCCGCCGCCGCCACCGCCUCCGCCGUCACUUCCAAACCCGCCCUCUCUGUUACCUCCGUCGCCCCUUCCAAACCCACCCUCGCCGCCGCCUCCGUCGCCCCUUCCAAACCCGCCGUCGCUACCGCCUACGUCGCCCAUCCCUAGCCCGCCCAUGCUACCCCCUCCGUCGCCCCUUCCAAGCCCAUCCUCGCAACCGCCUCCCUCGCCCCUUCCAAGCCCGCCCUCGCUACCGCCUCCCUCGCCCCUUCCGAGCCCGCCCCCCCCGUCUCCUCCGUCGCCCCUUCCAAGCCCGCCCUCUUCGCCGCCUCCGUCGCCCCUUCCAAGCCCACCCUCGCCCCCGCCUCCGUCGCCCCUUCCAAGCCUACCCUCGCUACCCCCUCGUUCACCCCUUCCAAGCCCGCCGUCGCUACCGCCUCCCUCGCCCCUUCCAAGCCCACCCUCGCUACCACCUCCGUCGCCCCUUCCAAACCUGCCGUCGUUGCCGCCUCCCUCGCCCCUUUCAAGCCCACCCUCUCCGUCUCCUCCGUCACCCCUCCCAAGCCCACCCUCGCUAUCACCUCCGUCGCCCCUUCCAAUCCCGCCCUCGCCGCCGCCUCCCUCACCCCUUCCGAGCCCGCCCUCUCCGUCUCCUCCGUCGCCCCUUCCUGGUCCGCCGUCGCCCCUUCCAAGCCCGCCGUCGCCACCGCCUUCGCCGUCACUUCCAAACCCGCCAUCUCUGUUACCUCCGUCGCCCCUUCCAAACCCACCCUCGCCGCCGCCUCCGUCGCCCCUUCCGAGCCCGCCCUCCCCGUCUCCUCUGUCGCCCCUUCCAAGCCCACCCUCGCUACCGCCUGCGUCGCCCCUUCCAAGCCCGCCCUCUCCGUCUCCUCCGUCGCCCAUCUCUAGCCCGCUCUCGCCGCCGCCUCCGUCGACCCUCCCUAGCCCGCGCUCGCCCCCACAACCGUCCCCACCACAGCCGCCCCUUCCACAGUCGCUUCCACCACCUCCCACAUCGCUUCAAAUUCCACCGUCGCCUCCACCUCCGUCCCUGCCACAGCCGCAGCCCCAGCCAGCUGCACCGAGCCCCUUGCAGCCGCCGCCGUUGCCGCCGCUGCUGCCACCACCAUCACCAUCACCUGCACCCCCACCUCAAUCCUCACUCGGUAUAGAUUUGGGGAUACCACAGGAUCUCAUAGACCAGUCUGGAGAGCCGUACGGCAUCUUGACGGUCAACAAGACGGCCGUACUGCAGGGCGUAGAGCUUACGGAUGCGGUGGCGUUGGCGUCGCUGUUUCCCAGCGCGAAGGAAGUCCGCGCGGUUGCCUUUGAUGUCCUUGUCCCGCUGUUGCUGGUGCCGGCGUCACAGGGCACAACGAGUGUCCAGGUGUGCAGUGCCGCCUUCCUUUCUUCGCUCGAAGCGGAGUUCCGUUCUCGACUGCCGUUCAGCUCAGUAAACAGCACUGACGCAACUUGCACUGACUUUGCCAGCAGCAGCAGCCCGCCGCCUCCUGCCCCCGCCAUGCCGCCACCCACCGCCAGCAGUGGUGCUGCUACUGCUACUGAAGCAACCGGUGGCAGUAGUUCCACUACUGACAGUGGUGGUGGCGGUACUGGCAGCCGCCGGCUGUUGGGCCGAAGCCACAGCGUCCUCCGCGCCUCUUCUCGCCAAUUAACAGCCUCCGCCGAAUCCGCGACAAAUGCAAUUGUCGAGGCCGAUAGCGACAGCGUGAGCGUGAGCUACGAUUAUGUAAAGUACAGCGGCGGUGACAGUGCUGCUGGCGGCGGUACCGGCGCAGGUAGCAGCAAUAACGCUGCCGAGGAGAAACAUGUUGCUGCAGCAUGUUCAAGCAGCAGCAGCAGCACUACUGGCACCGCAUCCGUGAGUUUUGGGGUCAGCAUCCCAGUCAGCAGCAGCAGCAGUCAAACGCCAUCCGUGAAGAGCGAUAUGUACGCUAGCAUGCGCGCAUGGCAGGCCGCCCAAGACACGACCGACACAACGGAAACGGCCUCGGGGGCAUUGCUGAUGUGUGCGCCAACAGUGGACCAAAUCAGCGUAUCGACGGCGGUCCAGGUGUCGUACGAGGUACCCCUCACGGCUGAGGGCGCUAAGUCGCUGGCUGCCGCGUGCGCUUCCUCGGGGACGGCCGCGGGCUUGUCGGUGCUGGUCGGCUCCGCCUGCAGCUUGGCCCCCGGUCCUGGAGCACUGAGCCCUCCGCCACUUGCGCCGGUCGCUAGCAGCUCCGCAGACGGUGGCAGCAACAGCAGCGGCGGCAGCGGCAGCGGCGCUUCCAAAGCUCCUGGCCUCCCAGCCAUUCUAGGUGCCGUCCUGGCCGGUACGGCAGUCGCAGCGGCAGCACUCGCGCUCUUCGUGGCACAACAACGGCGCAAGCGCCGGAGGCUUCUGGAGGCAGCUGCUGCGGACACUUGCGGCACUCUCGGAGCUCUUGCUCCUGACCAGGCUACCCUCUUCGUGAACCCACGGCCCAGAGCUGUCAACGCCAACAGUGGCAGAGAAGGAGGCAAUGCAGCGCCCGCAUCCCCAAGGGCUGCCACCGCUGCAGACGCCCCCUCUGCUGCGGGUUGGAUGGCUGACACAGCAGCAGCAGCAGUCGACAUGGACCUGGACAGCCCUCCGGAUGAGGUGGUCGUUGAGGCAGACGGCAGCACCAGCAUCUCGGGCUGCUCUUCGGUACGUUCCCUGUCUUCAGCCAGGCCGUCCUUUGAGGCCGUGUCCCUGCGGCAGCAGGACACAACUGCAGAACGCCGAGAUGCCUCCCGUGAAUCCGACGAACAGCAGCAGCAACUCCAGCAGCAGCAGCGGGGGCCUUUUUAUCCUGCGUCGGCAUCUCCGGCAGCUGGAAGCAUUGCUGCCCAGGCCGCAGAGGCAGAGGCAGCGCCCACGGUCGAUGCAGCACUGCGGGCUCUGCCACCCAGUCCCGGUGACAGUGCUGCUGCUGAUGCGUCGGGGGUAGGUCCUGCUGCUGGAUUGAAGCCUGCAGGAUGGGGUUCGGGUCUGGCAGCUGCAACGGCGGCGGCCCUUGGCAGCCUUGCAACUGCUGUGAUAGGCGGUCGGCGCAGCAGCAGCAGCAGCAGCAGCCCCGGCGGGUCCUUCAAGUCUGCAAGCAGUGCCGCGGGCAGCCGCAGCGGCAGCGGUCAUGGCAAUAGCAACCAUGCUGGCGGCGGCGGUGGAGGUGGAGGUGGGGGUGCUGGUGAAGCAGACGUGGCAGCGGCAUCCAGGAGGACUUCUUCCCAGUCGGUCAAACCCGCAUCACCUCGAUCUCCUCGAGCGUCGCUAACAUCCCUGGGUAAGCGACUGCCCUCGCCCCGAGUGCACCCCGAUAACACACCCGAGCGCGGCAACAGUCCCCAGGAAGGCUACAACCCGCGAUGCCCGCCGUCAAGGCUCUCGUCAGCUUCAUCCACGGGAAGCGCAUCGACCCCGGCAACCGCCGAACGGAACGGGGGCCGCUCGAGCCCGAGGUUGCAUGCGGAUGUGGGAGGGCAACCAGGGAUGCCCACCUCUGCAUUGGAGCGCGCGCCAGAAGCAUGGGCCGCACCCGUCUCUUCACGCACGCGGGCAGCCGCGCACCCCGCCCUAGGUGUGCUGCUUCCCGCCGACCUGCAGCAGCGGCAACAGCGGCACUGUGACGGGUCGGAAGCGGCAGAUCCCCUGGGCCCUGAAGCGCCUGGCAGCUCCCUGCCGUCGCCAAGGAGCUUGCUGCCCAUGCCGCCACGCUUUCCGUACCCGCCCGUGACUCCACAGCAGCAGCAGGAGCAAGCAGGACGACAACAGGGUCAACUGCUGGAUGAAGCUGUUCAACUGCUACAGCUGCAACAGCAGCAGCAAAGCCAGGAGACCCAGCCUGAGCCCGUGACGGUGGUACAUCCCCUCUCCCCAGUCCGAGAAGAUCCUGCGGCGCAAGCACUGCAGCCGACACUCCUCUCAUACCCACUCGCGCCUGUUCCAAACGCCACACAGGGGAUGGCGAUGAGCCUGCUGCAGCUCCGUCAUCCGACACCACCGCGUCCGAAGUUGCGAAGUGUGGCCGCGUUGCCGCUCCCGGGGUUAAGUGAGAUGUCGGACGCGGCUUUCCCCGACCGCCCGGCCACUGCCAGCCGAGCGGAGGACCUGUCAGUGCUUGCGCCGGAUGCUGCCCUUGCCGCGGCUAGCCGGCGGCCGAGGCGGUGUAUUUCUGAGGACCAUUCGUCGCGAGGUUCAGGGUUCGAGCCUCCGUUGGGCGAUGCUUUCACGGUUGUUGAGCCCUUCACGGCUGCGGAUGCAGAAGGUGCAGCUGCUGGGGGCGGUGGUAGUACCGCUGCUGCUGCUGCUGCCGGGUCUGGGGCAAACAGCAGCGGUAGGCUAGCCUGGUCAUCCUCGAGCAAUAAUAGCAGUCACGGAGACAAUGGCUGCGGCAGCACCAGCAACAACAACAGUGGCGGUACCACCCGUUAUGAUGGCGUCUCCAGCAGCGACGCCCUGAGGAGCAGUAACGCCGCAAGUGCAGAUGGCGCCGGUACGGCGAGCAACAACUGUAAUAACGGCAGCCCUAACCGCAAUGACAAGGACAUGGCCGCCUUCACCGCAGCAGCAACAGCACUCCGAGCCGCUCUAAUCCAGCAGCCGUCGCCCUCCGCUUCUGCCACACCCUCCUACGGAACUGCUACUACUGGUGCCGGCAGCUCGGCUUCUCGGGUCAUGACCUUUGGAGGCAGCAGCAGCAGCGGUGGCGGCAACGUUGGCCCCGGCAUCACCAUUCCUGCCAGUGCCGGCGGCCGCCUCGGUGCAGUCACAGUUAACGGUGGCUACGCUGUUGCGGUGACGGGACGGCGGCGGGCUGCCGCGGAUGGUAGAAGCAGCGACGGUGGGGGCACGGGCGCUGCAAUCUCUCGUUGGCGGCCGGCCGUGAUUGCGGCAGUAGCUGCUGCUACGGAUGCCGGCACAGCUACCGGUGCUGCCGACGCUGCUAAUGCUGCCGCUGGUGGCGUCGGUGGUGGCGCUGCGAAUGACAGCAGGGGGAACCGCCAACGGCAGGCCGCGCUGCAAACACUGCAGCCUGCUGCGCUGCAGCCACAGCAACAGCGUUCAAUACCACCACCACCACAGCAGCAGCAGCAACAGCAGCCAAUGGAGGUUUUGACGGUAGACGACGUGGCAUUGGGGUCCGCUCCGAAUGCGCCCGGCUUGGCCAUCCUCAUGCGUGUCCGUUGGCGACAACCGACAGGAGGAGGACGGUUUGGCGAGCUGCCGUACAGUUCCUGGGUGCCGUACGAACAGCUCGCGCAAAUGUCGACGGCCGACGACAAUCAAGCCGAGGCCUUGCGGCGGUUCAUGCACAGUGCGAGGUGGCGGCGUUUCCGGUCCAGUCGAGCUUACUUGCAGUUUGCGAGGAAGCACCGCAAUCGUGUGCCUCGGCUGGUUCCUAUCACGGAGGGGCAUGACGAAGGGAAUGGAGAUGAUGUCAACAACGGAAACGAUUAGUACAUACUUCGGGUAGGAGGAAAGGAGGCUUGAACUGUGAGAAACGACGGAUGGUUGCUUCUAAUCAGCCCGAUAAAUGGCUGUACCGUGUCAGGUCGGAAUGGUUAUGAGAGAGGUGAGUGCAUGUCGAUCGUAGGAGCGUGUGUGAUAGAGGCCUUAGAGGGAUGCUACUAAUAAUAUGACGUUGCGAUGAUAUGGAUACAUUGCGGUCAGGCAGAUAGGUAUUGGCUAGACCCCUAAUAAUUGACUGUUGCCUUAAGGCAAUGUCAUGUGGCCAGGGAUUGAGGAACUUCGUGAAGGAUUGUUCGUUGCUACGGUAGUACUGGCCCUCUAUGUGCGACGUAAUUGGCAGUUGGCAGUUUUGAGUUUUUAGUAUACUAAAUGGAUGUCCAAUCAGGUCCAAUAUGGCGUAUGGCGUUCGGCAGGUUGCAAGCCCAGAUGUGUGACAAGUUGAGGGACUGUACACGAUUUGCUGUCGUAAGCAAGGUGUCAGCAACCUAAAAGCGCAUUGCCGCAAGUCCUCGCCUGCUUUGCCCCCUGCUUGGGCCGAUUUAAUGUCCUAAGUGGGUUUUAGCUAUGACUCGCAUAACAACGCUGGAGUGUAUAAAGAAACGUGGGGACAGGUAAUUGUGAGUGGCCAGCUGAGCCCGCGACGCCUAGCCACAGGAACAUCAAUGUUUGCGCUUGUGCUAGGUAUAUUUUUGUUGCGAGCUGAAGUUUCCUGUUGGUUAUCCGUUUUGCUUACUAAUGGUUGUGCGCAGGGCCGUUUUGCCAGUUGGGGCCCGUGUUGGCUGUAUUCAACUGCUUUUUGUUGCGAAACAAUAUUUGGUUUUGUUGCAACCAUACGCCAGCCUUGGUGCCAUAAACCCUUUCGCAGGUUGGCGGUGCGUCAUGGAAUAGCGGGAUGAGCUGCUGUCAAUGGUUUCUCAGUUUGUAAGUGUCUGUUUGUAAAUCAAUCGUUGAUCAUGCCCGGCGGCCGUGCUUUGGGAGAAGCAGGAGUACGGUUGCCGUUAUGGAGAGUAGUGAGUGGGAUGUCUUGUGGGCUGCUGGACAUAGCUGCCCUGCUGGCUUAUGGUUUCAUUCAAGAGACGGACGCACGCCCUGUUGGAUCACGUACGUACGGACUCGCCUAAUUCCUUGAUGGCCGGUCCCACAGUGUAUUUCUUUGCAUGCUAAGGAACUCCGACACUCCAGUUGUUAGGAGACGUAAAGUAUUUGUAUAAAUUUCACUAAUUUCCACUGUCGUGGCAACAAUGCGAGUAUUAGAUGGACUUGUUGUAUCGUCAGUGACACGGUUAUGCCAAUUAACAGAAC